AGUUCUCUCUCUGUUCUGUCUCUGUUCUCUCUGGGUUCUCUAUGGGUUCUCUCUGUUCUCUCUGGGUUCUCUCUGGGUUCUCUAUGGGUUCUCUCUUGGUUGUCUAUGGGUUCUCCAGCACAUCAACAACGAGCACAUCCACGGGGAGAAGAAGGAGUUUGUGUGUCACUGGCAGGAGUGCUCCAGAGAGCAGAGGCCCUUCAAAGCCCAGUACAUGCUGGUGGUGCACAUGCGCAGACACACCGGGGAGAAACCACACAAGUGCACUUUUGAGGGCUGUAACAAGGCCUUCAGGCUGGAGAACCUGAAGACCCACCUGCGCUCGCACACAGGAGAGAAGCCCUACGUGUGUGAACACGAGGCCUGCAACAAGGCCUUCUCCAACGCCUCAGACCGCGCCAAGCACCAGAACAGGACACACUCCAACGAGAAGCCUUACGUGUGUAAGAUCCCCGGCUGCACCAAGCGCUACACGGACCCCAGCUCCCUGAGGAAGCACGUGAAGACUGUGCACGGCCCCGAGGCCCACAUCACCAAGAAGCACCGCGGAGACACAGGGCCCCGGGCCCCCGGGGCCGCACUGACCCCCGGGGGCCCGGGCUGUGAACUGCUGCUGGAGAAAGAGGAGAGUCGUAGGGAGGACUGCAAACUGCUGGCCCCGGAGAGUGCUAUGAAAUCCCAGCCCAGCCCCGGGGGCCAGUCGUCCUGCAGUAGCGAGCGUUCACCACUAGGGAGUGCCAACAACAAUGACAGCGGCGUGGAGAUGAACCUGAACGCAGCAGGCAGCCUGGAGGACCUGACGGGGCUGGAGGAGGGGGCUGGGGGGGCCGGAGGCAGCGAGGCCGGGGGGGGCAUGGCUCUGAAGAGGCUGGAGAACCUGAAGAUCGACAAGCUCAAGCACGUACGAAGGCCCACCCCACCUGGGCGUUGCCCUGGCAACAACAAGCUGCCCACACUCACUGGCCCAGGUGACAUCAUGUCCAUGUGUGGCCCCUCCCCCCUCCUGUCAAACCGCCGCGUCUUGGAGCUGUCCAAUCCCGAGCUGGGGGGCGGAGCUGGCGGCAUGUCCUGUCCAACCAGUGACCGGAGGGGGAGUGGCACCAGCAGCCUAAGCUCCGCCUACACGGUGAGCAGGAGGUCGUCCAUGGUGUCUCCUUACCUGUCCAGCCGGCGAUCCAGCGACGUCUCCCAGAUGGGCGGGGCAGGGGGGAGCCACCUGCUGGGGCCCGACCAGGGGGGGGCGGACCCCCUCUCCCCAGAGACCCACCGCAGAGGGGGGCCCUGCCAUGGGGGCAGCGGGUUGCCAGGUUUGCCCAGCCUCACCCCCGCCCAGCAGUACAGUUUGAAAGCAAAGUAUGCAGCAGCUACGGGAGGACCUCCUCCGACCCCCCUGCCCAGCAUGGAGGCCCCGGGGCCCCCAGGGAGGAGGGGGGGCUUCCUGGGGGAGUACCAGAGCCAGCCCCUGCCCCCCUUUCUCCCGCAGGGUGGCCCUCGAAGACACAGCGGGAACACGGAGUACGGAACAGGGGUUAUCUACCCCCACCUGGCGCCCGGCAACGCCACCCGGCGAGCCAGUGACCCCGUGAGGUCCGCCGGCGACCCUCAGAACCUUCCCAGGGUGCAACGCUUCAACAGCCUCAACAAUGUGUCGAUGAUGGGGCGGAGGAACGCCCUGCAGCACUGCGGCUCCGACGCCAACCUCUCCCGCCAUCUUUACUCCCCUCGCCCGCCCAGCAUCACCGAGAACGUCAUGAUGGAGGCUAUGGCUAUGGAGCCCCAGGGCCCCAUGGAAGCCAGGGACCACGGUAUGAUGCAGCCCCCGGGAGAGAGGCCCUUCCUGGGCUACCAGCAGCAGCAGCACCUGGGCGCCCCUCUGACCUCCCAGCUUUCCCCCGGCCACGAAGCCUUGGGCUGCCCUGACCAGGGAUACCAGAACCAGAACCAGGGUGGAGGCUUGCUCUACCAGGGGCAGCGUGGAGGGGGCGUCGGGGGGCAGAUGGGUGCACAGGUGGGUCCUAUCCACCCUGAGAGCAUCUCCAGCACCCUGCUUCAACAGGCGGAGUACGGCAUGAGCAACUGCCAACUGAGCCCCUCCGGACCUCAUUACCCCAGCCUGGGGCAGGGCGGGGGGGCUGGGGGGGGCAGCCUGGGGCCCUGGGGGGAGCCCAGCCCUGUCCCAAACCCUGCCCAUGCCAUGCAGUACCAGGACCAGGGGAUGCAGACCCAGGUUUCCUUCAGCCAGCAAGGUGUCUUCCCUGACGGAAGCCACAAGCUCACCAUCAAACCAGAACAGCAGUUCCACCCCUCACUGGGAGGGGGUGACCCUUGCCAGAACCCCAAGCUCCACCAGAACCACACCCAGGCCCCCCAGCUGUACCCCAACCCCAGCUGUGACUUCCAGGGCCAGAUGGAGCCCCAGGGGCAGCCGCAGGGCUCCUUCCCCAGCACGGGAGGCCUGAGCCUGGGCUUGGCCGAGGGCCGGAGGUCCCAGACCCCCAUGAUGCAGGUGAAGGAGAUGAUGGUGAGGAACUACGUCCAGUCCCAGCAGGCUCUGAUGUGGGAACAGCAGCAGGAGCAGAGGGGGGUCCCGGGGGGCCCAGGGGGGGGCAAAGCUCCCCUGACGGACUCCAGCAUGGACAUGGGCAACCAGCAGGCCAUGAUGCAGCACAGCCCUCAGAACCAGAACCUCUACCCUGGCCAGGCCUACCCAGCCUACACCAACCAGAACCUGAUGGGCCCCACAGCCCAGGGGAGAGGGCCUGUCUCCGUGACCCAGAAGGAGCAGCAGCUGCUGGGCAUGUCUGGGUCCUGCUACACCCCCGACAUGGUGGUCCCCAGGCCUCCGCAGGGCCGUAAGCCCCUGAGCCGUCAGAACAGCCUUCCCCAGCAGGGGGCGCCAUACCUGGGCAGCUCCCCACACCUGAGCCCAGUCCACUCCACCUCCAGCCCCCGCCGAGCCGUCCGACUGCCCCCGGUCCAGCAGAACCACCUGGAGAUGUUCCCCCCCUCCAACAACAACAACAACAGCCUGUACUACUCCAGCCAGCAGAUGGCGCACCAGAACCCCCAAACCGGACCCUGCCUGAACCAGCAGAACCACAAGUCGGCCACGCUCGCCUACCCCGAGUCGGGCCCCGUCUCCAACGCUCUGGAGAACCUGGACCUGGACAACGCCCAGAUCGACUUCACCUCCAUCAUCGACGACCCUGACCCCUCCUCCUUCAGCCCGGUCCCGCCCCUCCUGCAGCAAGGCUCCGCCUCCCAGGUGUCGUCCAGGCUGACCACGCCCCAGACCUCCCUGAACAUGGCAGUGGGGGACAUGACUUCCAUGCUGACCUCACUAGCCGGGGAGAACAAGUACCUCAACACCCUGUCGUAGACUCAGCAGCCACACAAGACCUCAACACCCUGUCACAUACGCAUUAGAGAGACUGUACCUUCACAGUACACACAGCAAACAACUGGACCUGAACUUUCACAGCCGUGUGGUACCCAAACACCAAACACGCUGCCUCAGAAACAUGAUACCUGAACAUACAGUCUUAUACGUCCAGGGCCUGAACACAGUACCUUACUCAUGGAGACAUACAGUAUUAAUCUCUAUGGUCUUAGAGAGGCUGACUUGUCUCUCACACACACACACAGAACCUAGCCAGGAGGUACGUUAUGGACAGGCCCACAAACCAGCCUUCCUUCCUUCAAACCAAGGGGCUACAGGUGCCUGGCUCCUGUGCCCAUUACAGACAGACAGACAGACCGACUGGCUGGAUGACAGAGAGAGUUCUCCUGUCAUCCAGCCUGGAGCUCUUCCCCGGGCUCUGCCCUGCCUGGCCUGGGAGGGCAGAGAACCCCUGCCAUGCCCGUGUGAAAACAGACACACAGAAGCCACUUGUAAAUAAAGAAAUUCUUUUAAAUCUUCUAUAUAUAUAUACAGAAAUAUGAAAAGAUUGUGAGAGGAGAGUUCUGGGGAGCUCCGGAGUGUUCUGGGAGAGUUCCGGAGUGUUCUGGGAUUGUUCUCGGAGUGUUCCGGAGUGUUCUGGGAUUGUUCUCGGAGAGUUCCGGAACGGGAGCUGAGAAAAGAACUAUCUGAACCACGACGACUGCUACAGCCACGAACCAUCCAUACUCAUCCAGCAGGGAACUAGGUACCAGUUAUGGACAUGCAAACCAGGUACAGCUGUGUUCCAGCUACCAGCUGGGGACUUGCAUACUAGAUACCAGCAGUGGACAAAGGUACUAGUUGUGGACUAGGUACAGUAUCUAGUGGACAAAACAGGACUAGGACAUACUAGGAUUACAUAUCUCAUGGAGGUACCAGGUCUAGGCAGGUCUGGGUACUAGCUAGGAGGGAUGAGUGUAGCUCAGUGGUUAGAGCAUUCAACUGCAGAUUAAGAGGUUACAGGUUCAAAUCCGUCCCUGUACAUCACAUUGGAUAAAAGGUUCUGCUAAAUGGAUACAUUAUUAUCAUCUGUAAACUAGGUACCUAGAGGACAUAGCAGGACUAGUAUAGC